AUGUCGCCACUCUACUAUGCACUCAACAAUCCGGUCUUCGUCAAUUUUGCUUUUUAUGCAGCGGCAUCAACUAUCAAAAUGAUGGCCAUGUCACUAUUGACUAGUAGACAGCGAUUUGCUAAGAAUGCAUUCUCCAAUCCUGAAGAUAUUGCGUUAGGAAGUGAUAAACAGGCCAAGGUAACAAUAUCAGAUCCAGAUGUUGAACGAGUCCGACGAAAUCAUUUGAAUGAUAUCGAAAAUAUUGUACCAUUUGUCGUGAUUGGUAGUCUCUACGUCGCCACGAAUCCGACUCCAGCUAUAGCUCUCUGGCACUUUCGGCUCUUUUUCUUCUCUCGUGUAUUUCACACGAUUGCUUAUCAGGUAGAGUAA